AUGAGCUCUUUCGUGGCGAUGACUGUCGUUGGUGAAGCAAUCGAAGACGCGCAGUGCGAGCGCAACAAGGAGAGCGCUGUUUCUGCGAUCUAUGAGAACACGGCGUACGAGAUGAACAGAAGGCUGAAUCUUGAGGACGACAGGAUCAUACGCAACGCUAAGUGCGGCAUCGUCGCGCCAAAGAGCAAAGUCACGAAGCUGCGUUUGGGCAGCUUGCAUCCACGGUGCAUUUUUGCGACGCAGCUCGAAACGUCAGUCGGCGAGGUCAGGAAGAUUGUUUUGCGAGGACGCACCUUCGACCCUUUCCCAGCUUGCCGACUUGGACUUGAGCGGCCAUCCUGGGACAGCUUCCAGAUCACCAGACUGGUCAAAUCCUUCGUCUUGCACGUCUACAGCCAGGAUGAAGAGCGCAACACGUAG